AUGACAUCCACACCAUCCUCUACCAGCCGCAUCAAUGCGACGGCCAUCGAGAACGCAUUUCCUACUCCUCCGACAGGCGAAAAUGUGCCAGAGAAUGCAUUCCACCUCAAAGGCCGCAUGUCUCCAGCCCCCCACAAAUUUCCGCUGAUGCAACGCGCUCAAUCGACUCCUCCAGAUCUGACGCGCCCAAGUCAAUUUGCUAUAGGCGCAAAGAGCUCACAAGGGCAGCCUUCGGAUGUCGCCAGCUUGGAGCAGUCGUGGAGCAGGCUGCGCUUGUCUAAGAAGAGGAGCCAAUAUUACGACGAUGCUUUUGCAUACCGCGAGUCAAACAAUACAGCAAAGGAACGGGUCGCAAAAGACUGGGUGAUCCUAGCCGAAAUCAAGUUGAAUUGCUGCCUCGAGUCCGAGAAAGAAUUCCUCAUCGACCUGUCGUUUCGGUUGUCAGAGAUUUAUCAGCGUCCUGCGUCUUGUAUCAUGGCCAUGGUUACUACUGACAUUCCAAUCCUUCUUGGCGGCAAUUCCGAACCAGCAUACCAUCUUACCAUCACAGCUUUACCAUCAGAAAUAGCAGCCACCAAAAACAAGAGAAGUACACAUUUGAUUCAGGAUUUUAUUCAUGAUACGCUUCAGAUUCCUCCAAAGCGGGGCGUUGUGCGAUUUGAUGCAGUCUCGGAAGAGAACCUGGCAACAAAUGGAAUGACUGCGCUGCAGGAAAUUGAGCAGCUGGAAAGACAGUCUAACGACGAAGAUGGCAUGAUGAGGGCGCUCAGCCGGCAAAGAAGUCGACGGAGCAAGAAAUCCACGGCGCCAACUUUCGCAGAGAGAUUUCGCGUCGGUCUGCCAUCUAUCAGAUCAACGACUCCUUCAACUCAAUUUUUCAAUACCGUCGAAACUACAGAGUUCAAGACGACUUUGGCGAGUGGUCCCGGCAAGAAACGCGUCAAGAAGAGGCAAAGUAUUCUAGGUUUCUUCAGGAAAUGACCAGGACCAGUUAGAUUACAUUUUAUUCACCACUGAGAUCAUUGAAACGGGAGAUUUCAUGAGUAACGCAGUGACAGCCCUGGUAUAAUAAAGAGGAAGCGUUGGCUACUGUGCAUACAAUAGGAC